AUGUCCGUUCUUUUCUACCGCCGCCCAGAUUACCUCAGUAAAUCUCCGGGCCCAAUCACCUCAACCGAAUGUGCCCGCUAUGUCGAGAGGGCAAAGAAAUCCGAGCGGGCAAUCCCCAACGGCCUCUCUUUUGAAGAUGUGAUGAAUCAGAAAUCAUUACCACCAUGCUCGCUGAAUGAUUUUAUGGACUAUCUCGUCUACGUCGAACACAACGCGGAAAACCUCCAAUUCUACUUGUGGUACAAGAGCUAUGUUCGCCGUUUCAACGAGCUUCCAGAAAAAGAGAAAGCUCUUUCACCGGAAUGGAUUCCCGAAACUCAGGAUGUCCCCAAUUUGUCCAAGGAUUCGGACCAAGAGGCAAAGAAGCUCAAGAGGAACACGAUUGCCGCCAUGAUGGAAAUUGGGUCUGACGCCAACGCCGUAGUAGCCUUCAGUGAUGAAAAGGAUCUUCUCAGCGCUCGCCACGCCUCAGUAAUCAAGGACAAUGGAAGUGUCAUGGCUCCGUCAAUCGCGGAUUCCGCAACGACUCUCACAAACUCAGAGGUGACCGCCCAGGCUGGCUUGAAAUGGCAACCUUUCACCGUCCAACCGAUGCGAGAUGAAAUCAAUCGCGUCAUGAGGCAUUACCUCGCAUUUACUGCCCCGCGAGAACUGAACCUCUCGCACAAGGACCGUGCGCAGUGCCUGCACGCUCUCCAACACACGACUCAUCCCUCUGCUCUACUCCCUGCUGUCAACAUUGCCGAAGCGGCUCUCCGUGGCCAAUCACAUCCCAACUUCAUCCGAUGGUCUAUCUGCAAUGGCAACAAGCCAAAAAUCUUCUUCGUCCGUACGAUGGGAAUCGCACACAUCAUCCUAGGAUUUGUGGUUGCAAUCUUACUUAUUCUGUCGAAAGCAAGCCGGUGGUACCGGAUCUUUGCUGCCCCCGUGUGGUUUAUCGGUUUCUCGACCAUGGUAGCAGCAUAUAAAGGACUGUGUGUGAUCUUGCACAAAUCACACGCUCGCAACCUCCGCCCCUGGGAACAAGACCUCGACUCCGAGAUGGGCGAAUCUCGAAGAAACUCCUUCUCAAGCACUGAGAACCGUGGCGUCCAGAUGGCCUCGCGGACCGACAAGUAUAACGAUACGGACAGCGACAAAGGCGACAAAGACGACAUGUCCUUCCGACCCUCCAGUCUUCAGACCUUUGGCCCCAAGAACAGUUUCGACAACGCACCCUGGGUUGAGAAGUAUGCGAAGAGACCACUGCUCAGCAAGGUGUUUGAGAAGAGUGUGUGGACACAGGAUGAGGCGCUGCGACUUCUGCAGGAUAAAAUUGUCCUGGGUGCGAACCUGUGGGCCUUGAUACUCACAGUUUCUUUAACUGUUGGGUUCGUGGCCAUCCCGAAAGGGAACUUCUAUUGA